AGAAAUUGUUUCUAAUUAAUUUCACUAUUCAUUGCCUGUAAUAUUGAGUUAAUUAUCGAGUAAGUAAUUCCUGUCGAGUGCUCACUUUUCAAGUUUAUUUCAAGUUUAAAAUACAAAAAUGACGAGUGUGGAUGCUGGUACCAAUCACAACAAAAAUGUCGAAAUGCGACGAAGAACUGGACGUUCGGAAAGUGGCAAGGCUCUGACGGACAGCGGGAUAUUUGAAGAUUCCCAAAUACUGAGCAGUCCCGGCGAAACUGAAAAAGAUUACAACACUUAUAACAGCAUAGAAGACAAAUUGUGCACUUUCACCAACGAUUUUGGUAAAUUGGCAGAAGCUGACAGUUUGUCGACAGUAAAUGCAGGUGAAGCAGUUAAAAUCAGAUUGACGCGAGAUGAAAAGUUUCAUAUAGCUCCCAUAACUGUCAUGACCAUGUUUCAAAGAGCUGUCAAGUCAUUUCCUUACAGACCUGCAUUAAUGUACCAACAUAAUCAUGGCCAAAAAUGGAACUGUAUAACAUUUGAAGAAUAUUAUGACUUGACUCUGAAGGCUGCCAAAUCUUUCAUUGCAUGUGGCUUGGAGGAGCACCAUGGAGUUGGGUUGCUGGGGUUCAAUUCCUGUGAAUGGUUCAUAUCCUACAUGGGCUCUAUCAUGGCUGGAGGGUUGGCCACUGGUAUAUAUUCAACUAAUGGAGCAGAAUCAUGCUGGUUCGUACUAAACAACGCAAAGUGCAGUGUUGCAAUUGUUGAAAAUAACGCACAGUUACAAAAAGUCUUGAGUGUGUGGGAAAGGUUGCCCCACUUGAAAGCCAUCGUGCAGUACAGAGAUCCCCUGGAGUGCAACAUGUCGAAUGUAUACACGUGGGAGGAGUUCAUGAAGUUAGGGAAUGGAUUAAGUGAUGGAGAGUUGGAACGUCGUUGGGCGAACCAGGCUCCAAACAAAUGCUGCACACUCAUCUACACAUCCGGAACAACCGGCGAUUCAAAAGGAGUCAUGCUUAGCCACGAUAAUCUAAUUUGGACUGCAGCAGUGUGCGGCCGACAAGCUCGUCUCGAUAUUUGCGAGGACGUGCUGGUCUCGUAUCUACCACUAAGUCACGUGGCUGCUCAGGUUCUCGACAUGUUCAUCCCCGUUGUCUACGGGGCUACUGUCUAUUUUGCCCAACCUGAUGCCCUCAAGGGUAGCUUGGGAGAAACGUUGAAGGAUGUACAUCCAACUGUGUUUCUGGGCGUGCCUCGAGUUUGGGAGAAGAUGCAGGAGAAGAUGGUGGCUGUUGGCAAGACUCAGGGUGUUGUAACGAGAACGUUGGUUGAGGUAGCCAAGUACAUAGGCUAUUGGGGAAACAUGUCACUCAUGAAUGGAGGCACCGUCCCGUACGGCUGGACCCUGGCAGACAUGCUAGUCUUCAAGAAGGUCAGGAAGGCUCUCGGUUUUGAGAGGUGCAAGUUCUGUAUGUCGGCAGCUGCUCCCAUCCUGAAGGACACGCUCGACUUCUUCAUGAGUCUCAACAUGCCAAUUCUUGAGAUAUAUGGCAUGAGCGAGAGUACAGGGCCUCAUACGCUAUCGUUUCCAUGGCAGUAUCGAACGACUAGCUCCGGUGUAGAACUUUUUGGCGUCCAGACAAAACUGUCGGGUGAGGAUUCAGAGAUCAGGAUGAAUGGAAGAAACGUUUUCAUGGGGUAUUUGAACAUGACCGAGAAGACAAUCGAAACGUUGGAUGAAGAUGGUUGGUUGAAAAGUGGUGAUCAGGGUAGGAGGGAUGAAGAUGGAUACCUCUACAUCACGGGUCGCAUCAAGGAACUCAUCAUCACGGCCGGGGGUGAAAAUGUUGCACCCAUCCCAAUCGAAGAUUGCCUCAAAGAAUCUCUACCCUGCGUCAGCAACUGCAUGCUGGUAGGCGACGGCAAAAAAUUUCUCUCCAUGCUCAUCACAUUAAAAACAAAAGUUGACGUCGCCACGACCGAACCUCUCGACGAAUUACAUCCAUUCACAAUCGAAUGGUGUCAAAAAAUAGGCCUCCCCAGUGACGUCACAACUCUGACCCAGUUACGGGAACACAUGGCGGGAAAGGUUGCCACGGCGAUGCAGGCAGUCAUUGACAGGUGCAACAAGAAGGCAAUUUCCAGGGCGCAGGUCAUUCAGAAGUGGUCCAUCCUACCGAGAGAUUUCUCGAUAUUCUAUGGCGAGCUCGGGCCAACGUUAAAGCUGAAGAGGAAGGUGGUUGCCAAUAUGUACAAAUCCACUAUAGAUGCUUUCUACGCACAAUGAUGAUGACGAAUCUUUUUUUUUUCAUUUAUUAUUAUUAUUAUUGUUUUUGUUAUUAUUAUUGUUAUUAUUGUGACUCUUGUUUUUGCUAUUACUUAUAACAUUGUAUUAUGUGUUGACAAAUUAAAGUUGAGGAAUUAGUUUUGUUUGAGCGUCAUUAACUUUCUUUAGCUAGUGAAAUUAGGAAAAUUAUUGUAUUCAUUUGCAUUCUUUCCAUGUUCUUUCUUCCUUUCAUUGAUUCUCUACAUUCUGUUUUUUUGGACGGUACUUGCUUUGUAUGCUUGCUCGCUUGUGUAUGUGUAUUUAUUUGUAUGUUUAUUUGUUUGUAUGUAUGUUUGAGUGUUUGUUUUGUUUAUUCAAAUUGUUGAUCUAUUUAUGUAUUUGCGUCAAAAACAAUUAACAGUAAUUGUAA